GGAAACGUGUCGAACGUGUUUUGUGUCUGUGCUCGUUACUCGGAGCCGACACGACUGAUGUAGUAGAUACUUAGCCUGAGCUCAGAGUUUUCCUUGAACAGCUGUGUAGUUUGGAUUUCUUCUGACUUGUUCCCUCCUUAGCCAUGAGGUCUUACUGUAGAAGCAUUCAGAAAUCUCUGUGCCACCUUAAACUCCGAGAACCCAUCGCCCGCCAAUGGCCAAUCACCUGCCUCAGGUCCAGUACCUCGACACUAUCUCAGAGACGCUGCCUGUCCACACACACCUCCACCCCCCAUCCUCAAAUCAGCCACGAAUGGGUGGAAAUUCUCAGCCGCGUCUACCCGAGAGAUGAUAUGACCAACGUGACUGCUAAAAUCCUGUCCAUGGUGGGCCGAGAGCUUCACAACCAGAAGCAUCAUCCACUGUGGAUCAUUAAAGAACGGAUAAAAGAGCAUUUUUACUAUUCCUACACAAGCCGCACAGGUACACCACUCUUCUCUGUCCAUGAUAACCUCAGCCCAGUGGUGACUGUCGAGCAGAACUUCGACAGCCUGCUCAUUCCCAAAGAUCACCCGAGCCGGAAAAAGGGUGACAACUACUACCUGAACCAGACACACAUGCUGCGGGCACACACCUCUGCCCACCAGAGGGAGCUGGUACGUGCCGGGCUUGAUCGCUUCCUGGUAGCUGGGGACGUCUACCGGAGGGACGAGAUCGACGCAAAUCAUUAUCCCGUCUUCCACCAGAUGGAAGGAGUGCGACUUUUUACCAACCAUGAGUUGUUUGCACGAGUGGAGAACGGCGAGGAUCUGUCGCUCUUUGAGCACAGCGAUCGACGCACACCACAGAAACAGGAGACUCAAACUCUGGAGGCCGUGAAGCUGGUGGAGUUCAACCUGAAACACACCCUCACACAGCUCAUCAGGCACCUCUUCGGGGAAGAGCUAGAGAUCCGCUGGGUGAACUGCUACUUCCCCUUCACACAUCCUUCCUUUGAAAUGGAGGUCCGUUUUCAGGGAGAAUGGCUGGAGGUGCUGGGAUGUGGUGUCAUGGAGCAGGAGCUGCUACACUCAGCAGGCGCAGGGAAUAAAAUCGGCUGGGCUUUUGGCUUGGGCUUGGAAAGACUCGCCAUGGUUUUGUUCGGCAUCCCGGAUAUCCGACUCUUCUGGAGCAAGGACGAGCGCUUCCUGAAACAGUUCCAUCUAGCCAACAUCAACGACUCUGUGACCUUUCAGGCCCUCAGUAAAUACCCACCGCUCUUCAAUGACAUCUCCUUCUGGCUGCCGGCUGAAGGAUACACAGAGAAUGACUUCUACGAUUUGGUGCGCAGUAUCGGAGGAGAUCUGGUGGAGAAGGUCACACUGCAGGACCAGUUCACUCAUCCAAAGACUAAGAAGGUGAGCCACUGUUACCGCAUCGUGUACCGUCACAUGGAGAGAACUUUGAGCCAGGAAGAAGUGCGGCUGAUUCACCAGGCCAUCGAACAGGCAGCUGAGCGAGAGCUGGGUGUUCAAGGGAGAUUCUGAUCCCUCUUCAGCCUGUAUCCAUUCAAACAGAACAAGCACAACACGAAGAAUGUCAUUUCUAACAAAACACACUGUUGUUGGUUUUUCAUGCCUUGAAAAGCUUCCUUGGACAAGGCAGGAGGUCAUUAUUUAAAGGAGAUGGAUUGCACAGACUGUAUUUGAGACUUUUAUACUUAACCAUUAACUCACUUCUAGCUACAGUAUUUGUUGUUUUAAACAAAAAUCUUGCACUGUUGACCUUGAUCUCGUUCUUUUUUUU